GUGCUUGCCUGCGCGGGUGCUUACCUGCGAGGGUGCUUACCUGCGCGGGUGCUUACCUGUGCAGGUGCUUACCACGGCCCCACCGCACCUGUGGGCUGCAGGAGGGGGAGGCAGCUGCCGGCAGAGACUGUGGGUUUGCCGGUCUCCUGAGCACGUGUGAGUGCAGCCCGAGUGUCGUGACCGCGGGGAAGCACGCCUGGCUCGCACGCGGGCACAGCGGUGUGGACACGGGAGGGCUGCGAGGGUUCUGAGGUCUGAUCUCAUAACUCACUGCGGGCCAGGCAUGGCGCUGGCCUCACGACAGCCCCAUGGACUGGGCCCUGCCCGUCUCGUCCCCACUUUGCAGGUGGGAUGCUGAGGCCCAGAGAGGUGAGGUCAUGACCGUAAUAACUAGGGUGGAACUAGUUAUACUGUAAUUAUACCAGCUAGAAAGCACCAGGCUGGCUGACUCCCGGCCAGCCCUGAGAGCCAGUGUGCUGGGCUGCAGGACAGAGGGCAAGGGGACAGCCUGCCUUGUAGGCUGUUAAUAAAUCACUUAGUCUCUGCUCUCCACUGGGCUCCUAACUCCCGUUUUCCUGGUGCCACCCAUCAGAGAGCUGCCAAGUUCCUUAAUGCUCUCCAAUCUCCAGGGCCAGGAGCGGGGCACCCGGACAGGCAGCAUUUGGGGGGAGCGAUCUUUCAUCUCCUGACUGGCUCUGUGCAGGGCUCCCUAGCCCAGGAACCCUGUGGUGUGCUGGGGUCCAGCUCACAGCCUCUGUCCCCCAGCUGUCCCCAGGCCCUUUGUUUCCUGGGCCUGCAGAUUCAGCCAGCUCCCUCCCUCUGGAGCCCCUGAGCCCCCCGUGGUCCGUUCCCCCAUGUGCCAGCGCCUCACAGGACCAGCCCCGCUGGCGACAGCCCGUGUCCGCCCGUGCCAGCCUGUGCCCGCACCCCUGUCCCAGGGCAGCUGGCGAGGGCUCGCAGGGCCAGCCCCAGGCCUGGCAUAGCUCCACUCCCGCCCUGCUCCCGGCAGAAAGGCCUCCUGCAUCCUGGGCAUUCUAGAACACGUCAUAGGGCAGAUGGCAGGGGAGACGACUGACCUGCGGACUGGCGACACGUCUGAGGCUGCGCUCGGUGGGCCCGGGAGCUCUGUGGAGGCAGCGUCUCCGUGUGCAGGCACAGUGCCUGGCACGUGGUCAGUAAACACCCCAGUGGAAGUGGGUGCCGGGUAAGACCGGUGCCAGUGCCUUGCCUUCAGGGAGGCAGUGAGCGCCAACCCCAGACCCCGAGUGUGCAUGCGUGUGUGUGUGUGUGUGUGCAUGUGCACGCGUGUGCAGCACACAGUGGCGCGCAGUAUACAUCAGACAGGGCUGACAGCUCUCUAGUGCUCCCGGGGGGCAACCCCAGGUGCUUCUGGAUCCCGGCCCCUCCCCGCCCCCAUUUCUCCCCUAAGGCUACGCCUCAGUCCCCAGAGGCCACCCAGGGCCCUUGGGCGGGGAGCUGGCUGGUAAAAGUCUGCAUUAAACUGAAGUUUAGGACGAGCAGUGGGAUUGGAUGAUCCACGAUUACCUGUGGUGAUUAUCUAUGGCAACAGAGACAGCAGAUAAUUCUGACCACGGGGGAGGACCCAGGGUGCUGAUCUCCUGGCGGGUCACAUGGAAAUGAGUCAAGGGGCCGAGUCCUCAGGCCCUGCACACACUCACACGUGCGCACACACACACACACACACACGGACCAGAUAUCCUCAUACACAGACACACAGACACAUGCAUAUAUGCGAGACGCAAAGGUCAGAUCACACACGUACACAGGGACAUAUGGACAUGACACACAGGUACACACAAACAUCAUACACCUGCACGCCAGGCACAGACAUGCUCACAGCCCUGCUCUCCCGGCACUGCCGGGGCAGCUGGGGACCAGGGUGGGCGUCUACCCAGCGUCUCCAGCCCUGGCUUGCUGUCUCUGCCUGGCCCCCCGCUCUCUCCCCAUAAGUGCCUGGAGCCCAAGCUCCUCCCCGCAGGCACCCUGCCCCCGCUGAGCUCCCAGGACUGGCAGGCUGACAAAGGGCAGGGAACAAAUGAUGAUGGAGCACCUUCUCUGUGCCAGACACCACGACACCGGUGCCAAGGGGGUGGUUUUCAAACUUUUUGGGGCCAUAGCAGCCUGUGUUUCAAUGGAACUUGGUAGGAAAGUCUGGUAGAUGAGGCAGACGUAAGUGGGGCUGCUCUGGCUGGAGUGGGGAGGAGGAUGGAGCCCCAGACUCUCUCCCUAGCACCCCCUAGCACCCUGCACUGUGGACCCAAGACAAGUGCAAACGGCCCCAAAGCUGUCACAGCAGGUUGAAAACCCCUGCAGGGCACUCAUUACCUCAUUUAACACUCCCAAGGGCUCUGCAAAGCGCAGCGGAUGAGAAAAGGGGAGUAAAUUGUCCAAGCUGGCAAAGCUCUUAAGAGAUGAAGUCAAUAUCACCAACCUCUGUCCGUCAGAUGUAAAUCCUGGAAGGUCCCAUACUGUCCCAAUGCGUCCCUAUUCUGAGAAUAACUCCCCAAGUUCGUAUAACCUCCAGGGACAUAAUUCUGUGAUUUCCCGUGACCAGACGCCGCGCUGACCCUAGAGACCCAGUGUGCGUGCAGGUGUCUGCUCGGUGUUGCCCCGGGGAGCACUGCAGACCUGUCAGCCCCACCGGACAGUCACAGAUCGCCCCUGACUCAAGAUGCUGCCACUUAAGAUUUUUCCACGUUACGAUGGUGCCAAAGUGAUACACUUCCGAUAGCAGCUGCACUCUGAGUGCCCAUCCCCUUUCUGCUGCUCACUUUCAGUACAGUGUUCAAUAAAUUAGGUGAGAUAUUGGACACCUUAUUAUAAAAGAGUUUUGAUUUUGCCCAGUGGAAGCUAACCGAAGUGUUCUGCACACACGUAAGGUAGGCUGGGCUAGGCGAUGGUGUUCAGUGGAUUAGGCGCAUUCACUUUGAACUUGCGGUGGGUUUGUUGGCACAGGGCCCCGUCGUAUGUAAGCCGAGGACAGUCUGUGCUGAGCUGCACUGUGAGCGUGUGAGUGCACGUGUGUUCACCGGCUCCCGGAGGCAGCUGGACGCACCCCGGGCUGAGCCGAAGCUCCUCCUCUGAUCCCCACCUCUACCCCCAACACCGCCAUGGGGACACCCGCCCGGAGGAAGCUGCACCUGCUGCUGCUGGCGGCCGCGGCCCUCGUCUCUUCUCCAGCCUGGACUUCAGCCCGGGGGUCCCCGGCCACCUUUGGGCCUGUCUUUGAAGAGCAGCCCCUUGGUCUGCUGUUCCCAGAGGAGUCCACAGAGGAGCAGGUGCUGCUGGCGUGCCGGGCCCGGGCCAGCCCUCCGGCCACCUACCGGUGGAAGAUGAACGGCACUGAGAUGAAGCUGGAGCCGGGUUCCCGCCACCAGCUGGUGGGCGGCAACCUGGUCAUCAUGAACCCCACCAAGGCACAGGACGCCGGCGCCUACCAGUGCCUGGCCUCCAACCCAGUGGGCACUGUGGUCAGCAGGGAGGCCGUCCUCCGCUUCGGCUUUCUGCAGGAGUUCUCCAAGGAGGAGCGAGACCCAGUGAAAACGCACGAAGGCUGGGGCGUGAUGCUGCCCUGCAACCCGCCUGCCCACUACCCAGGCUUGUCCUACCGCUGGCUCCUCAACGAGUUCCCCAACUUCAUCCCGACGGACGGGCGUCACUUCGUGUCCCAGACCACAGGGAACCUGUACAUUGCCCGGACCAACGCCUCGGACCUGGGUAACUACUCCUGCCUGGCCACCAGCCACAUGGACUUCUCCACCAAGAGUGUCUUCAGCAAGUUCGCUCAGCUCAACCUGGCUGCCGAAGAUACCCGGCUCUUUGCGCCCAGCAUCAAGGCCCGGUUCCCAGCAGAGACCUACGCGCUGGUGGGGCAGCAGGUCACCCUGGAGUGCUUCGCUUUUGGGAACCCCGUCCCGCGGAUCAAGUGGCGCAAGGUGGACGGCUCCUUGUCCCCGCAGUGGGCCACCGCCGAGCCCACCCUGCAGAUCCCCAGCGUCAGCUUCGAGGACGAGGGCACCUAUGAGUGCGAGGCGGAGAACUCCAAGGGCCGCGACACCGUCCAGGGCCGCAUCAUCGUGCAGGCGCAGCCCGAGUGGCUCAAGGUGAUCUCGGACACGGAGGCCGACAUCGGCUCCAACCUGCGCUGGGGCUGCGCGGCCGCCGGCAAGCCCCGGCCCACAGUGCGCUGGCUGCGGAACGGGGAGCCGCUGGCCUCCCAGAACCGGGUGGAGGUGCUGGCCGGGGACCUGCGCUUCUCCAAGCUGAGCCUGGAGGACUCCGGCAUGUACCAGUGUGUGGCCGAGAACAAGCACGGCACCAUCUACGCCAGCGCCGAGCUGGCCGUGCAAGCACUUGCCCCCGACUUCAGGCUGAGUCCCGUGAGGCGUCUGAUCCCUGCAGCCCGAGGGGGAGAGGUCGUUAUCCCCUGCCAGCCCCGGGCGUCUCCAAAGGCCGUGGUGCUCUGGAGCAAAGGCACUGAGAUUUUGGUCAACAGCAGCAGAGUAACUGUCACUCCGGAUGGCACCUUGAUCAUAAGAAACAUCAGCCGGUCAGAUGAAGGCAAAUACACCUGCUUUGCCGAGAACUUCAUGGGCAAAGCCAACAGCACCGGGAUCCUGUCCGUGCGCGACGCAACCAAGAUCACCCUGGCCCCCUCGAGUGCCGACAUUAACUUGGGUGACAACCUGACCCUGCAGUGCCACGCCUCCCAUGACCCCACCAUGGACCUCACCUUCACCUGGACGCUGGACGACUUCCCCAUCGACUUCGACAAGCCUGGGGGGCACUACCGGAGGGCGAACGUGAAGGAGACUGUAGGGGAUCUGACCCUCCUGAACGCCCAGCUGCGCCACGGGGGGAAGUACGCGUGCAUGGCCCAGACGGUGGUGGACAGCGCAUCCAAGGAGGCCACGGUCCUGGUCCGAGGUCCGCCAGGUCCCCCAGGAGGCGUGGUGGUGAGGGACAUCAGCGACACCACUGUCCAGCUCAGCUGGAGCCGUGGCUUUGACAACCACAGCCCCAUUGCCAAGUACACCCUGCAAGCUCGCACUCCGCCUGCAGGGAAGUGGAAGCAGGUUCGGACCAAUCCUGCGAACAUCGAGGGCAACGCCGAGACCGCGCAGGUGCUGGGCCUUACGCCCUGGAUGGACUAUGAGUUCCGGGUCUCAGCCAGCAACAUCCUGGGCACUGGCGAGCCCAGUGGGCCUUCCAGCAAAAUCCGGACCAAGGAUGCAGCCCCCUCGGUGGCGCCCUCAGGGCUCAGCGGAGGAGGUGGAGCCCCGGGAGAGCUCAUCGUGAACUGGACGCCCGUGUCCCGGGAGUACCAGAACGGAGACGGCUUCGGCUACCUGCUGUCCUUCCGCAGGCAGGGCAGCUCGCGCUGGCAGACCGCCCGCGUGCCCGGCGCCGACGCCCAGCACUUCGUCUACAGCAACGACAGCGUCCGGCCCUACACGCCCUUUGAGGUCAAGAUCCGCAGCUACAACCGCCGCGGGGAUGGGCCCGAGAGCCUCACCGCACUCGUGUACUCGGCCGAGGAAGAACCCAGGGUGGCCCCCGCCAAGGUCUGGGCCAAGGGGAUCUCGGCCUCCGAGAUGAAUGUCACCUGGGAGCCCGUGCAGCAGGACAUGAAUGGCAUCCUCCUGGGGUACGAGAUCCGCUACUGGAGAGCUGGGGACAAAGAAGCAGCCGCCGACCGAGUGAGGACAGCGGGGCUGGACACCAGUGCCCGAGUCACUGGCCUGCACCCCAACACCAAGUACCACGUGACCGUGCGGGCCUACAACCGGGCCGGCACUGGGCCCGCCAGCCCCUCCGCCAAUGCCACCACCAUGAAGCCCCCUCCACGACGACCUCCCGGCAACAUCUCCUGGACUUUCUCGGGCUCCAGUCUCAGCAUCAAGUGGGACCCUGUGGUCCCUCUCCGCAAUGAGUCUGCCAUCACCGGGUAUAAGAUGCUGUACCAGAACGACCUGCACCCGGCACCCACGCUCCACCUCACCAGCAAGAACUGGAUAGAAAUCCCGGUCCCCGAAGACAUCGGCCAUGCCCUGGUGCAGAUUCGGACCACGGGGCCUGGAGGGGACGGGAUCCCGGCAGAAGUCCACAUCGUGAGAAACGGAGGCACAAGCAUGAUGGUGGAGAACGAGGCCAUCCGCCCAGCGCCGCACCCCGGCACCGUUCUCUCCCACUCGGUGGCAAUGCUGGUCCUCAUAGGCUCUCUGGAGCUCUGAUCCCGGCAGCUGCUGCGGUGCCACAGCUGGACACCUCCUCCUCUUCCUCCAGACAGACAGACAGACAGACAGCUGGCUCUGGCCCUUCCCGCUGCCGAGGUGGCCCAACACUGUGCCCGAGAGUGGUUGGUUUCAAACACCUACUUCAAACAGUGCUCUUUUUGUAGGAGGCAGGAUAUUUUUAUAUUCUGCCACAGGUUAGAACCCACGCGAGGAUUUUUUUUCUUUAAAUGAAGAGGCAGCAGGCGGUCACGUCCACGAUGCCACUAAACCCUGUGCCUGGACCCUCCGUGGUGCCUGGACGGAAGGAGCAGGCCUAUGGAAGAAGGGGGUUUAGACGUGCACCUUCAGCUCAGCAAAGGUGGCACUCCGGGACCGCACAUGGACCCUGCCACUCGAGAGCAGGGGCCGAGGCCCGGCGGGAACACCGGAGGCGAGCGGGCUGGGGAAGCGGACAGGCGGAAACGCCAGCAUGCUUCUGUCUAAGCAGAGCUGCAAACCUGGGACCAAGAACUCUCCGCCUUUCUCCUCCUGAGGAGCAGCCCCGCUGGACCCUGACAUUGUCGUCCAUGACUCCCUAGGGGCCCCUGUCUGCCCAGGCGGCUCAGGACCAGUGUCCUGAGCCCCAGCCCCUUCGGCUUUGGGGUGAUGACGCUCCAGGCUGCUGGGGCGGGAGCUCAAAAGGGUUGAGAGGCCAGGACACCUGGUGGAGAAGGGGCCCCAGCCUUGGUCUGAAGCAGUCACGAUCCAGGUGAUGUCACCCUCUCAGCCAACACUGCCAACACGACCCUGUCACGCCCAGAGUGACAGAGCCACUUAAGGUGGCUGGGUGACUAAAGGGCUUGUCUUGGGGAGGUCCCCCGCCUCGCCAAGACCCACCCUGCACAGUCCCUCCAGGGUCUGGGCCGGAGACAGCCAGCCCUGCACCCGCUUCUUCCUCCGGCUCUAACUGCAGACCCGCGGCCGCCUCCCCCUGCACCGACCCCGAGCCCCAGGGGAGCGACGAAGACCAGCGUGGCCCUGCCUGCCCCCAGGAAUAUCCUGGACCACCUGGCAAGACCCACUCCCAGGCUGCCUCGGACUGCUCUUUGGCAUUUCCCCAGAGGAAAAUGGGGCUAAUAAAUGGGACACCCUAUUUUGAGCUCUGGGUCUAUGACCAGUCACAGAAUGUCAGAGCUGGAAGAGGCCUUGGAGCUUAACCUGUCCAAGCCCCUCACUUUAUAGAUGAGGAACUGGAGGUCCAGAGAGGGUUAGGGACUUCCCAAGGUCACACAGCCUGUGAGUGAUGGGCUGGGAUAAGAACUCAGGUCUUCCACCUUCCUGCUCCAGGCUCUUUGUCUAUCCAGAGGAAGGAGCCAGUGCUGAGUGGCUACGGCCUCAUUGAGAAGGUGGUUAAGGCCAGUGGGGUAUGAAAAUUCUGCCUCGAGGGGUUCAGGUUGGUGACCACAGGGUUCGGUGUGGCUGCGUCCCAGCCCAAGGCACAGGCAGAUUCCAGAGACAUGCAGUCCUUUGCCUUCCUUCCGAGCCUAGCUUCUGCGGCAGCCUCAAAAUGCAGUGCUGGCUUGAAGCCUGUGCCCGUCACCCUUGCUCCAAGAAAAUAAGCCAAAGCCAGGGCAGACUCCCCAGAUCUAGGCAGCAGUGGCAGUACAACCAGGAACCCCCUAAGCCCGUGCUCUGACAGGUGGCCCUUCACAGGGAGCAGCGGGACAGGCAUCUCCAAGGACGAUGCCCCUGGAAGCUCCCUGAGCCUGUUUUCUGUAGUUUACAGUUAGAGCUCUAUUUUGUUAUGGUUUUUUAAACUUUUAAGUCCUGCUCUAUUUUCCUGGGCAGGUUUAUGUUGAUGUUUACCUGCUAUAAUUUUUUAAAAAUGUAUGCUCAUAUUGCCUUCUCCCUGUCCCCACUAAACCGCUACCAAGCCCCACCCCCAGGACAGCUUCCCUGGAGCUGCCCAAUCAAAUCCUCCUAACCUGCUCCCAACCCCCCACUCGCAAGGGUGCUAGGGGCUCAGGUAUGCGACCUUUCUCCCAUUACAGGGACCCCAAACGUGGCCUAGCAUCCUCCCCCGUCCCCCCCUGGCUGUGAUCUGGCCCGUGCCUGGCUCUCUAUCAGAAGGGGGAUGCUGAGCCUCCUGCCAAGGCUCACCUGACCCCUCAACUGCCUCAGGCUGCGGUGGGGGACAGGUGUCUGCUGCUGGGGUGGGGGUGAGCUGGUGUGGCACCAGUGAGCUGGAGGCUGCAACCCCUAAGCUUGCUUGAGGCAAAAGAUACUUCCAACUAAGUACCUUAACUCUAAUGAGCUCCAUUCGGAAGGGAAGGCAGACCUGCUGGGAGACACAAGAAGGGUUUUUAACCAGGAAAACCUAACGACUGUGCAGGCAGAAUUUGGGGACCAGAGAACUAUACUGAAACAGAGAUGUUCCUGCAGCCUGAGAUUUCAGGGAGAGUACUAACUAGGGUUUACUAAGACAGUGGGUGACUUGAGGACAUGCAAGUGUGCAAAAUGCAACAAGCCUCUUGCUGGGGUGGUUUGCAUGUGCACUUGCUUGGAGAUGACUAGAUUAGAUGGCUUCUCAGAGUCCCCUCCUGCUCAAGGUCCACUGAUUUUUGGGGGGCCUGGGGGCGUUGAAAGUGUGGCUCACUCUCACUGUGGUCAUGACUCGGUUCUGGAUUCUCUCCUUUCUCACAUGCCAAGCCCAAGCAGGAGGAAGAGGGGACAGUCACACCGAGUACUCUGUCCCACAGCUUGGUGGCCAGUAAAUGCUUGAAGACUAGGGACAGAGACGGCCUGCAAACACCUCCUCGGGGCCCAGGGAGACAAGGGCCCUCCAUUCUGCAUACACCUGGGCUCAGCCUGUGGAGCCCUUUGCUCCUGGCCGUGGCCGCCAGUCUGUGUUGCUUUCUCAGUCCAGAUGGAGACCCCACCCUCGGUGGGAGGGCAGCUCUCUCCAGAUGGAGUCUCGGGACCCCGCAAGGUCAGAUUAUCUACUUGCAUUCAGGGCAGCAAAUACAAUGGUGUCAGGGAGUGGCGAGGCCAUGGGGGCUGGGGGCAUGUCCUUUUCUUUUGAUAAAGUGACAACAGGGGAGACUGAGGUUAGACAUCAGAAAAAAACGUAUGCUAUGACACCCUGGAAUAAGGAAGGUUUCUUUUUUAGGGCCCUUUGAGAAACUCUGAUAGCUGCUGGCGUGGGGUCUAGGGUAGGUGAGGCUGUGGCGGAGGGAUGGGUGAGGCUCCAAGUGUCCUUCCAGGGCUGGGAUGCUUAGAAUCAAAGGGUUCAGCACAGGAAGAGUCUUGGAGAUCCCGCCUGCUGCGGUCCCUGUCCUUAGAGGACGCCACCACAGGGAAGGCAGGCUCACUGGGAAUUCUGGGACAACCCAGUGCUUUCCCAGCGUGCGCUGCCUCUUGCCAGUCCCAGGAGCAUCCAGCCCGUGCUCCGGGCAAGAGCCCCAAACAGCUAAGGAUGCUUUACUCCCUUAAUCUCCUCCCCAGCUACGGAGGAAUCUUUUCUCUUCCUGGUCUCAGAAUGGGGCUGCCAACGGGGCUCCCGUGUCGGAGAGAGGCAGCGUCCUCACCCGUGUUCAUGGGCACACCGUGGUGCCCUCUAGGCCAGACCUAGCCUGGGCUUCAUCCUGGGGAUGAAGGGGGUUGCCAGAGAGGCUCCUGGAAUGGCGAGAGAGGGGCGAGAUGGCUAUUUUUCUCAGGGCCUUCAAAGAGCUCCACGGAAGCAGGCAGCCGGUGGCUGGAGACGCCCCACGGACUUGUACAUAUGGCCGUAGGCUCCGGGAAGGCAGGACAGUAAAGGAAAACUGGAGAGAAACAAAAUGGGUCAGACAGCUUUGCUCAGAGCCCCAAGCGAGCUUAGGGGCCUACAGCUCCUAGUGCCCCGAGACGGACGGGCACAUACUGCCUUGGCCCCAGGGCUCCUCAGCUCGCCCACCCGCCCAGGGCCUGCACGGCUCACGGCUGAGAGAUGCUCGUGGCUCGGCAAGGGCUCGGGCCUCACUGCGCCACUGACUUGACUCGACCAGUGCCUGUCAAAAUGGAACCACUCCCGCUGGCCUACUGUUUCUCUUGUACUUCUUGUAAUGGUAGUUAUUUAUUGACUCUGGUAGCAGGCAGUUCUUAAAUAAAGAUGGUUUCUCAGCCUGUUGAGGCA